GUGGUUCACCUCCCGCCAUUUUUCCCGUAUAACCUUUCACACGGCUGAAACAUGGACGUAGACACAGCGAGUGAUAAUACGUCCAUCGACGAUAAAAUAGACGAUUUUUGCGAAAAUCCUACGCGAGAUGCACUAACGGAGGGUCUUAUGAGUUUGUUGAAGCCCACAGUGGACCAGUUGGACGAGAGAAUUCGCGCUACAAGGAUAUGUCAAAUAGAGCUGAAACAACGGAUUGAAUCAUUAACCGAGGAACUCCAAAGGAUCAAUGAGGCACUGCAGUAUCCAUUAGAUACAGAUUCUUACGUAAAGAAGCUUAUUAAUGCUAAGCAUAAGAUCACUAUAGUUAGUAACAUCUUGCAAACUACUCAAGAACGAUUGAACAAGGUGCAUCAAGCUGUAGAAAAGAGUACUGCCAAGAGGAAGACAUUGUUAGAUAAUAGUUCAGCAUACAGCAGUGCUACUAUCGAGCCAGAUAAGGAAGAGCCAGUCCAAGUAGAAACUGAUAAACAGAAGCAAUAAUUGUCUGAUGUCCUUAACUGUAAG